GACACCUUUCUUGUCUCGGAUGUGUCUCUGGGGGUGGGCUCAACUCCAGAAAAGAUGGUCCAUGUGACCAUCACUGGUCAUGUCAAAACAGCUGAGCAAGCAAAUAUGCCCCGGCGGUAGCUUUUAGCUAGCAUCAACGGGAAGCAGGUCAAUAACUGCAUGACAUUCACUCAUUCAUUCAUGGCCAUGCCCACUCUGCGAACCAAAGAAACACCGCCGCACAUAGUCCGCAGUACCUCCAUCUGGACUACCUUGCUCAGGCACUCUUUCUCGUACCUCGUUGCGGUCUGCUCCUCCUACGGCGAUGCUACAAUACUUUGUCGUUACAGUAACAUCACCACUGCCACUCUCCCUUCCCUGCCACAGCUCUAGGUCCUUUCCAUGACCAGCAGGACCAUUAGGCUUUGAGGCUCGCUCUUUACGGCCCCCACACAGGGUUGGGCAGCUGCUUUCACAGACCUUGACACCCUACCACCAGCCUACGAAGACCCAAAACGUAGAUGCGCACAGGGGAGAGCCAUUUGACAGACUGGAAAUGGCAGUGGACGCCUGGGAUAAACCGGGAGUUUGGGAGCCAAGUACUCCAAGGGCUUCAAGCACGGCCACUCAGAUCGAUGGACCGCCUAAACAUCCCGCCAACUCCAGCCCAACGAGCGCUAGCAGCAUGAAUACUCUAACAGGGUCCCCACCGACUCCAUCGACAGGGCGACGAACCAGGGUGCCCCAGUUCAGGGCGGCUGACAAGAACGAUGUUUUGGUGCCCAGCAAGUCCUCCCAGUGAGCACUUGGAAUGGCUUCACGAUGCAGGAAACUUUGGUGAUCGAGCGUUGUGCUGGUGCUCAAUCGACGCUAUUCUCCUAGUCUCAAGGCAAUAUCCAACCCAUUGUCUUGUUCAGAUCACCGUUUCGAGUCGAGGGACUGGGUUCGCAGGAAACUUUUCCGCGCCACUAUGUUGCUCAGUCCUCAUGCAAGGGAUUAAGAUCCUGACCAACCGGGAUAUUCACUCUUCAAGAUUUUAUCUAGAUGAUUUUUUUUUACCUUGUGUCUAACUUUACUAACUGAUUGUCGUCUUCUUAGUUGAAAUCAUUGAUCUCCUCUAACACACGAAGCUCGGACUGGCAUCCUGUGACCACCAAGUUUGUCCGUUUUCAAAAAAUUUAGACCCUCUGGUUCGACAAGCUUUCGCCGUUGCGAUACAACGGUCGUUCGUCGUUUCCAUUGAUUCACUCUGGAGCGGCAAAACAUCAAUUCGACCUCUGCAGACAUUAUUAACGCCGCUCCCAACUGUAUUGGUCAGAAUUCGACCAGUGGCCCAUCAGUAAACGAUCUGGAACCCCUCACCGCCGAUCGAUUUCUGCCGCUUUUCCAUCCUCGCAACCGCCGCCUGAAUCCACCCCGCCCACACUCUUUUGCGCCUGAUCUUAACGUGCGCCGUACAGCAAGCAAGCACUCUGCUAGAUACAACUUUGGUACCCUCCUCGGUCAGCAACCACAAGGCACCAUCGUUCAUUUCUUGUUCUGCGACUCCGCACCAGCUUCACAAGCAGGCAUUUCCCCCGUCUCACUGCUUUCGUGACCAGCCGACCUUUCCCUUCCGCUGUCACGCCCUCAUCAUCUUUUGGUGGCGUACUCACUUAAUUUUACGACCCCUCACUCUACGCCUGUCGCGCAAGUCCAAUUCUUCCUCGCCACGACCCUCGUACCAAAACACUUGCCGUUGUGUUUUUUUUUCUUCUACUGCGGCUACCACCUCGUCCUCCGUUUCCCCCAUCGUUGGCUCUGUUACUUUGGGGGUUGCUAGGCAUUGUUUCUACCCUGUCAGCUGAGCAUUACUUGUGCUUGUUGCCUAUCUUCUUCCUUUCCAACCUACAUUCAGCGCCUUUACUCCGGCUUUCUCCUGUGGAUUGUCGUGGGUAGAGGGCAUCCCACCAAGUAUUUGCUAUGCUCAAACAACGCCCUUCUUCCAGAGCCCCUACCUCCGGCACUCGUCCUACUGAGACGUCCGCCUCUGGGACAGCAUCUUACAGCGACGAUUCUUCGCAGGAGACCGGCCAGGACUACACCGACUCUGAAGAGGACCUUUACGACGACGAAUACGACGACGAAGACGACGGUCUUGGCCCGUCUGACUCUGCCUCAACUAGCGACCACGAUCAACAUUAUCGUCAUCACCUCUCUCAGCGUCAGCAUCAGCUCCCUCUUCACCAGCUUCCGCCUCAACCUCAAUAUCCACCACCACACCACCAGCAGCUUGCUCAUCACCAGCAAUUACCUCCUCGCCAACCGCCACCUCAUCAAUUGCAAUCCCGUCAACAAGGUCCUCCCCAGGAUCUUUACCAACCUGAAGAGGAGCCUAGACAGUCUUACCGUCGACCGCGGCGCGAUCGUGCAGCGCCACCCACCGCCAAUCUGGAAGAUCCUCGUGGGUAUGGCGCCUAUGGCCGUGGCGCUUAUGGGCACCCCCAGCCCGGCGGGCGCCCUGGCCCCGGUCAAAUGUACGGCAGAGGCCAGCAGCCAGGAUAUCAAAACCAAAUGGGACCCUAUAUGGGAUACCCUGCUAACAGCCAGAUGGUGCCUUUCGGCUAUGGCGAACCUGCCAGCCCUUACGGUGCUGGCUAUGGAGGCGAAGGAAGAGGCAUGUAUGAUCUGAUGCCUUAUCAACAACCUCCAAGUGGUUACUAUGGCGCUGUACAGCCUCAUCCUCUCUACGGGCCACCCCACAUGGCUGGAAUACCACCUGGGCAACUCACUACACCACCACCUCCUCCGCCUACUGAGGCUCCUGCCAAGCCAGCCACACCCGCUCCCCCCAAAGAAGAUCCGGAGAAGAUUCGAUUGGAAGCUGAGAUUGCUGCGUUUAAAGCUAUGGAGGAGAAGGUCAAGGCUGCCGAAAAGCAAAAAGAAGCUGAGGCACAAAUCCGAAAAGAAGCCGAGGAAGCCUUCACUCGAAGAAUGGAGGACAUGAGACUGGCCCAAGAGGAAGCCAAGAAAGAGAUCGAAAGGGCCAGGCUUGAGGCAGAAAAAGCUGCCCGAGAGAGAAUGGAAGCCGAACGAAAGGCUGAAGAGAAACGCGCUCAGGAGCACGCUCGUGCUAUGGCAGAAGCCGAGGAGAAGGCUCGGCUCAGAUUUGAAGCAGAGAUGAAGGCCGCUGAGGACCGAAGAAAGGCCGAGGCAGAGGCUCGCAUCCAAGCUGAAGAAGAAGCCAGAAAGAAGUUCGAGGCUGCAGCGAAGGCAGCUGAAGAACAACGGAAGGCUGAGGCUGCAGCGCGCGCACAAGCAGAAAGGGAGGCCCGAGAAAAGUAUGAAGCAGAGAUGAAGGCAGCCGCCGAACAGCGCAAAGCAGAGGCCGAAGCCAAGGCCAAGGCCGAAGAAGAGGCUCGUCUGAAGCUCGAGGCUGAAUUGAGGGCAGCGGAGGAGCGUGGUAAGAGAGAAGCUGAAGAGAGGGUCAGGGCCGAAAGAGAAGCUCGACUGAAAUUUGAGGCUGAACUAAGGGCUGCUGAGGAGAAGAGGCAGAAAGAGGAGGAAGAGCGAAAGCGUGCUGAAGAACUUGCUCGAGUUCGGUUUGAGAAAGCACUACAAGAGGAGGCUGAUGCAAAGGCCGCAGCCGCGAAGAAGGCCCAGGAGGAAGCCGAGCGCCUCAUGAGACUUGAGCAAGAGGCUAAGGAAGCUGCCGCAAAGAAAGCGGCCGAGGAAGCCGAAAAGCUCAAGAAGCUCGAAGAGGAAACUCGCGCGAAGGCAGAGGCUGAGACUCUUAAGAAAAUCGAGGAGGAAAAAAAGAAGGCAGCAGAAGCUGCCGCAGCUGAUGAAGCCGCUAAGAAAGCCGCCGCAGAACUUAAGGCGAAAAUUGAAGAGGAGACAAAGGUCAAGCUCGAAGAGUCUAAGAAGAAGGCUGAGCAGGCCCCAAUCCGAUUCAAGGAUGCGGUUGGUCGAAAGUUCAGCUUCCCUUUCCACUUGUGUGCCACUUGGCAGGGAAUGGAAGAUCUCAUCAAGCAAGCUUUCAUGCAAGUUGAUGUUUUGGGUCCUCAUGUGAUGGAAGGUCACUAUGAUCUUAUCGGCCCCGACGGCGAGAUCAUCCUGCCAUCCGUUUGGGAGAAGGUGGUUCAGCCUGAUUGGGCUAUCACCAUGACGAUGUGGCCAAUGGACAAGAUGCCUCCACUGGGACACCCCAAGAUGCCUGGCGCGCCGGGCAUGCAUGGACACAAGCACGGGGGUCCUAUUCCUAUUCCACCCCGUCCCAUGGGCCCAAGUAUGCGACCUCCUAUGCAUCCUCCUGGCGGUAUGGCCCCUGGAGGAAUUCGACCGCCCGCGGGAUGGCCUGUCGGAGGAGGUGUUCGACCUGAUAUGCCAAUGCCGCCCAACGUUGUCACCGUCGGCCCCGCCCCUGGCAAGUCCAGCAAGCACAAGAAGGCAUCCAAGGAUCACUCAGGAAUGGCAGGCUUUUUGUUUGGCAAACCUCAAAAGAAGAAGCCUAGCAAGAAAUGAGGUGCCAUACUGACAUGUCAGCAUGAGAAAAUGAUCGUUUGAGCUUGAUUUGAUUUUACGGUUUUACUUGUUUAUUUGCAGAUACCUCGCCGGCAUCGGCUGCCGGCCUGAUUUCGAAAACAUCUCCUUGGCAGUUUCUUUUGGGGUUUUCUACUGUUGUCUAAGAUGGAAAAACGAGACAGUGGAAUUUUGAUCCUUUCCCAACUCAUGGUUAGCGUAUUCAUAUCGCAGAGGCGUCACGAAUUGUCCUAUAUGCAUGUGGAUCGGAGUAUGAUGAUAUGGUUGAAACGACGAUACGGAGGGAAUGGGAACACGAUCCAAUGUUGAAGACUUGUAUCGAUCAUCUUGGCUCUGUUUGUGCCAGAAGAUGGCCAAGUCCAGGUAUUGGCGCAAAGAUGACGCUCUAUUUUUUUUUUUCCUUUCUUUUUUUUAUCUGUCCGUUUGGUUUGAUUUUGGUUCUGAUCUGGAUAUGGCGGACGAGCACGUUUGAUAGACACGGCCGUCCUAGACACGCGUCAUGUAGAAUGAAUGGAGUAGGAAGAAGAAUGAUUUGUUUAAAGUUAAGCUUAUUUUUGAUCAACGUGAGUGAGUUGGGUUUGGUCCCUUCUAUUGUGUCAUGCGUUUAAGUGAAUAGUGGUAUGCCCACCUGACUCUAUGCAAGUAAUCUAGACUACUUCAAGACUCCAUCAAGGUAUGUGAAUUGGAUUGGAAAGGGGGGAGGUACCCAAAUAAUACUUAAUGUAUGCAAUAUUAGAGUUUCCGUUAAGGUCCUAGCUUCUCAAAGGCCUUCUUCUCAAAGGCUUCUAUCAUCAUGCUGGCGACCUUAUCUGACACAGCAGCACUUACAGCACCAUAGAGUGGGUUUGUAAACUGAAAGUCGAUAGAUAGAUAGACCUCAGUGCGCGGUGAAGGUGGACCAGAAAUUGGUCUCACCGACCAGCGUGUCACAAGGCUCCGGAAGACAGCCGAUGCGUCAGGCCCUGUACCCCCAGGAGCAGUCUCCCCACUGAUGGCUUCGACAGAUUGGCCAGGAACACAGCGCAAUCUACUUGUAAAGACCUCGUCGAAGCCUCCCCAUCCGACAUGUAGAUCAGCGAGUGUGGGGUAGCGUCGCCCGGUAUCGGGGUCGGGAUCGGACCAGCGAGUUACUCGAGAGCGAGAGCAAUAAGGGACGAACGAUGAGUAAGAAUCCACGUCGGCUAUAAGAUCGUAAAGAGGUUCAUGGGGGUAUGGUAGAGUGCGGUUGGCGGUUAAUCUUUGAGGUUCGGAGGAUGGGAGGGUGAUGAAUGAGCGGUGCAGGGGUGUUGAGGCACGAGUGAGGUUGGUGAUGCUCGAUGUAGAAGCCGAUGAGCGGGCGACAACGGCUCUGGCAGGGAGAAAACGGAGGGCCAUUGGAGGGUAUUAAGAGAAUUAUUGGGGUUGUAUUGAUCUAGUGUCACCUUCGUGAGAGUUUCAUGGUCUAGAAGAGAAUAAUGAAUGUCUACACAGAGAGAAUAAAUAGCUGUGACAGAAAAUCUAUGAUGGUGUUGAGGCUCUGCUAAAC